AUGGAUCACUCAUCGCUUCCGAAUCAAGAAACAUCAUCAAAUAACAAUAAUAACAGCAGCAGUAAACAAGUGUCCAUUCUUUCCACCUCUCCAUCCUCUCAUAAUUCAUCCUCCAUUCUUUCCACCUCUCCCACAUUUUUCCCUCAACCAUCUUUUAGUAAUGAUGUAGUUUCUCAACAUCACAAGACCACUUCAUCAGGAAUGAACCUUUUGAGCUCUUACAAGGAAAGAAAAUAUAAAUACUAUCAUACACACCAACAUCAGUCAUCCAGUAGUAACAACAACAGUAUCAACAGCACUUCCGAUCGAAAAUUUACUUCUGAUGAACCACGGUCUAUUCAUAAGCCUCAUCAAACAAGUUCCAACUCACAGAACAAGCAACAAGUAACAGAAGUAGUAUUACCCCAACAUGGCAACAGUGCCCCAUCAUCUUCAGCUGUCACUGAAAAUUCAAGGAGUCCAGGAACCAAGUCCAGGUCUCGUUCUGUGAAUGAGCAUUCUGCUCCGAUUAAUUUAUUUGAAGAAAAAGAAAAGAGCCUUACAUCAAACAUGAAUGCUGGCCAUAAGAGGAGCAGCUCUUUUGAGGAUUUAUCUUCUGCUCCCAAGUCUGACAGUGAACAGCUUAACAAAUCGGUCAAUACAGCAAAUAAGAAGCGUACCGUUCAUCACCAACGUGACAAAUUUCUAUUCGAUGGUGACAAACUUUUGAAGAAACCAUCACCAAUGAGAACCAGGUCUGAAAAUACUACUGUUCACUUCAACAAGUUGUCACCUGAUAUGAUAGAUCCUCGGUACAGUUUAAAGAUUGAACCCACUCAAGAUUUAGUUUCAUAUUCCAUGGACUUAAACAAAUCAGUGGAUACUUUAAUGCUCCCAAGAAGAAGCGACGAUCAUCCCUCUACAAUAGUCCACCAUCGAAAUGAUACCAAUUCUUUGGGAGUCUCCUCUGCUAGAGGCCCUCAUUACCGAAAAGCAUUUCCAGCAAGUUGGAUUCCAAGUAGCAAUAGCAGCAAGUUCAAAGGAAUAGGAAAUCCUGAAUACAAUUCUAUCAACACUGCUGGAAAUGCGAUCAAACAUAGUUUCAAAGAGUUUAAGAAAAAUAUUAGGGAUGGCGUUGAAAGAGGUGUGACAACAGUGAGAAACGCUCCGUCGUUCAUCAAGUCUGUUCCAAAGAAAAUUAUUCCAAAACAAAACACAAUUUACAGUAAUUCUAAAGAUGAUAUUAAGCUUGAUAUUUUAGAAGAUUUUCCUCCUUUUGAAGAGCAACAACGAGAGGCUAUUGGAGAGGUUUAUAUUACUAAUAUUCAAACUAGAAACUUAAAGUCAGUGGAGGGAUAUGUUGCCGAGCCUGUGUCUACACAGAAUUCACAAAAACAAGCAAAAGGUUCUAUCCUUUCUAUGGAAAAAGAAAGCAUUCAAACAUCUCCUCGUUCUACUGACAACAGUACCGAAAAUAUUUUGUAUGAAGACUAUAUCACCUAUUGUGAAGUACUUUGUGAGGGAAAAAAGCAUAUAACCAUGCCUCUCGCAGGAGCUUACCUUAACAAAAAGCUUAAAUGGUCGGAAGAGUUUAAAUUCUACAUAUCUGACGAAACUAGUUCAAUUUCUGUUGAAAUUUUUCAUAGCCCUGUCAAACCAAAAUCGAAAAAUCAAAUUAUUUGUUUGGGAUUUGUCUCAAUCCCUCUUUCAAAAGUGAAAAUAGCAAAGGAAAGAAUACUCGAUGAUUGGUUUUCACUGACAACUCCUCUUGGAACCAAGCUGUAUACUCAAGUUCAUUUACAAAUUCAAUAUGUUCCCUACCAAAAUCCAGCUCUUUCUGCUGCUGACUUAGAACUUCUCGAUAAUAUGAGUUUGGAACCUACAUUUAAUCAGUCAAGUGAGCCAUUGAAAAGCAAGCCUCAACAAAAGGCGUUGCUUGAUGCCCUAAAUAUUGAUGUUCAGGAUUCCUCUCUAGAAAAUUUAUCUUCAUUAGCGGACCAGAGUGAUGGAUCAUUCUCCUUGAAUAUUCCAAUGGUUAAAAACAAUUUGAUAUUUGAGAAUUAUCAACAUGGAAAAGAUCAAAAAGUCAUUCAAAGAGUUCAAGAUGAAUUGAAAAAUAUUGAUAAUACUUUGAGAAGUGAAAUGCAAGUGUUGAAAUCGGACCUUGCUGAAACCAAAAAACAGAUACUUGACGUGCAUGAAGUCUCUAAAAUACAUUUAUCUGUAAAACAAAAGAAAAUUGACAACCUGAAAAACAAAGUAGACAAGUUGGAAUCCAGAAUGAAUCACCUUUCUAAUGUAGUUCUGCAAUUGAAUUCAGCCCACUCCACCACAAAGGAUAAAGUCAUAAGCCAUGAUGAAGACCUGAAGCUCUAUGAAAGUAGAAUCAAGGAAUUAGAAAAUAAGGUUCAAUUACUCCACAGUCAGCGUGUUUCCAUCAAACUGAAGGAGUGGAUUUUUUACUUUUUGGCUAUUUUGCUUUUCGUUUUCUCCAAAAUUAUUGUAUUAACAGGAUAUGUUUACAAGCGUAUCAAAUUAAGACGACCACCUCAAAGUAAUGACAUGGAUGACACCUCAGAUGACGAAGAUACGUUUUCUGAAUUGAGAAAGAGAAUGGAUGGAGCAGAGAAGAAAUAUAGACAAAUGGCGACAAACACCAAAAAUAUGGAAUUAAUCAGCGAAGAACCUCGAAAGAACAAUACAACGACAAACAUAUUCUCCAUGCUCUCCCCACUCUUACCAUUUCUACAAAAGGCGAAUGAGAUUGAGGAAAAACUAAGCAGCAAUUCCCAGAUCUUCACUGGUUCUUCGAAACAUAAGUCCUCUUUCUCAAACUUUUCUGAACCCACGUUUAAAGAAAACAAUCGUGAAGCAUACCAAGAUGUUGAUAUUGACAAAAUAAUGGUUUCUAAAAAGAAUUCAAAGGUGCGGUUUGACUCGUCUUCUUCAUCGGAUGAUGAAGAAGAAAGACUUGUUAGAGAAUUUAACAGUAAGAGGAUGAGCAAGUCCGCAUCGUUGUCAUCCAUCACUAGCUCAGACGAGACUGCCUCUUUCAUGACCUCAGCACCCGAAACAAGCGAUUCACUAGUAUCAUCAAACAGCAGAAAUGUAAGGGAAAACCCAAUGCAUGGAAUAAGCUCAGUAAGUCCCAUAAUGGAGUCUUCAAACACGAGUUUGCUCAGCAUCCAAAUGCCAGAGCAUCAACAAACAUUUUUACUCAAUCAACUCAAAAAAUCAUUUGACAGGUUAGACGAAUAUGACGAGAUGAAUGAGGCCAGUCCUGACACCACCUCGAAAAAUUCAAAUGAACUUGAUAAUUCAAGCAUGUUGUCUGAAAACGCAGUCUCUCCAAACAUGCAACCCUCCUCCAGCGGUAUUGCAGAGGUAAAGGACCAAGUGGAUUCAAAAGAGCAAUCGAUUAUUGAAGAAACAGAAAAGCUUCAGUCAAUAUCACGCUUCUUUAGAAAAUCAGAAAGUAAUUUAUCAAAUGUGAAGCUAAAUGAAAGAUCAAAAGCUCAUGAAGAUGAGGAAUCUGGAGAUGAUUUUGAUUCGUGGUUCAAUAAAGUGAAAUAA